CUGUUUUACAUCUUAACUAUCGUUCUGUAGAUUGGUUGGCAAAAAUAGGAUUUCCUAUACCAAUUUUAAAUAACAAUGUUGUCAUGGAACAACCAAGAGAGAUCAUAGAAAUUGACGUAGAUUCAACUAAAAGGAUCAUGGAAAUCAAUAACAACAACGUAGAUCCAACAAAAGGAGUCAUGAACGAUAACAUCAAAGUGGAUCAAACAAUAGAAUUCAUGGAAAUCUUAGACCCAACAAAAGGAAUUAUGAACGACAACGCCAAAGUGGAUCAAACAACGGAAUUCAUGGAAAUCCUAGACCCAAAAAAAGAUUUCAAAAUUGGUAAAAUCGGUAACAUCAACGUUGACUCGACAACAGAAUUCAUGGAAAUCCUAGACCCAAAAAAAGAUUUCAAAAUUGGUAAAAUCGGUAACACCAACGUUGACUCGACAACAGAAUUCAUGGAAAUCCUAGACCCAAAAAAAGAUUUCAAAAUUGGUAAAAUCGGUAACACCAACGUUGACUCGACAACAGAAUUCAUGGAAAUCCUAGACCCAAAAAAAGAUUUCAAAAUUGGUAAAAUCGGUAACACCAACGUUGACUCGACAACAGAAUUCAUGGAAAUCCUAGACCCAAAAAAAGAUUUCAAAAUUG